UCCAGCAUUUUCAUGAUGGUCGCAAGGCACAGCAGCACAUUGAGAACUCCUGGAAACAGCUGGAAAUGAGUAAGCGGAGGUUUGAGAGGGAUUGUAAGGAGGCUGACAGGGCCCAGCAGUACUUUGAGAAGAUGGAUGCAGACAUCAAUGUAACAAAGGCGGACGUGGAGAAGCGAAGUUCCCUCAAGGCGAGACAGCAAGCACAACUGAGGCAUCAGAUGGCUGAGGACAGCAAGAAUGAGUACACAUCCUGCCUGCAGAAGUUCAACCAAGAGCAGAAUGAACAUUAUUACACCCUCAUACCACACAUUUUCCAGAAAAUUCAGGACAUGGAGGAAAGGCGCAUAGAGAAAGUUGGGGAGUCCAUGAAGAUGUUUGCAGAGAUCGACCGCCAAGUGCUACCCAUCGUGGGCAAAUGUCUCGAUGGCAUGACCAAAUCAGCGGAAUCAGUUGAGCCCAAAUUAGAUUCGAACCAAGUGAUAGAAUCAUACAAGUCUGGCUUUGAGCCCCCUGGCGACGUAGAGUUUGAAGAUUACAGUCAGCCAAUGAAAAGGACAGCAUCGGAGAACAGCUUGUCCAACUCGCGAGGCGAGGGCAAGGAUAAGCCCAGCGGCAAGAGCAAGCCCAAACUGUGGCCUUUCAUCAAGAAGAACAAGCUUAUGUCCCUGUUAACGUCCCCCCACCAGCCCCCUCCUCCCCCUCCUGCCUCACCCUGCCCCUCUGCUGUCCCCAACGGCCCCCAGUCUCCCAAGCAGCACAAGGAGCUCCUCUCACACCGCCUCAACGAGUUCAUGACCUCCAAACCCAAAAUGCACUGUUUCCGGAGUCUCAAGCGCGGGCAGUCCGGCUGCUCUUACGCUAAUCAGACAGAGAUCAUGAAGAGGACUUUAGGCAAGCCGACGUAUGCCUACGAGGCCAGGCAGUUUGUCCUUUCUCUCAAGCUGAGCACUCUCACUGCUCAGGUCCAGAGUGUAAUUGAGGGAUCUGGCCCUGAAGACUGCAGCCAUUUGCCCCCUGAGCAAAGGAGAAAGAAGCUCCAGGCCAAGGUCGACGACCUCAACAAGGAAAUCCAAAAAGAGGUGGACCAAAGGGAAGCUCUUACUAAAAUGAAAGACGUCUACUUAAAGAAUCCCCAAAUGGGAGACCCCAACAGCGUGGACCCACGAUUGUCUGAGAUCAGUCACAACAUUGAGAGGUUAAAGCUGGAAGUGCAAAAAUUUGAUGCAUGGCUGGCAGAGGUAGAGGGGCGGUUGCCCUUAAGAAACGACCAAUCAAAAAGGCAGAGCGGGUUGUAUGACACACAGAAUAAUGCCCCGGUCAACAACAACUGUGCACAGGACCGUGAGAGCAGCCCGGAUGGCAGUUAUACAGAGGAGCAGAACUCAGAGACGCAGAUCAAAGCUCCCAGCACAGAGUUUGAUGACGAGUUUGAUGAGGAGGACCCCCUGCCCAUCAUUGGUACCUGCAAAGUUCUCUACCCCUUUGAAGGUCAAAAUGAGGGCACCAUGUCAGUGGCAGAAGGAGAGAUGCUGUACGUGAUCGAGGAGGACAAAGGUGACGGCUGGACGAGAGUGCGCAGGAGUGAGGAAGAGGAAGGAUACGUGCCGACGUCGUACGUGGAGGUCUUCUUGGAAAUCACCAAAGAUUCCUAAAAGUGUGGGACUGGCACGGGAAUGGCAGGGCAAGGUGCCUCGGACAAACCCAUCCUCCUCUUUAAACGUUUAGUCAGCGAAACGGCAAAGAGUAAAGGGGAAGAGCUAGGAAGCUUCCAGUUUUCUAGUUUGUACAGAAAUCCAAUUAACCCUUAUUCUGCAAUGGCUGAAAGGCGCAAAUACAAAUCAGCGACCCUCACAGGAGCCUUUAGAUCCUCCCGCUUUCCCAAAGCUUGCUUCUUGGUGUACUAACCUGCCUAUUUUCUUGUGUGUAGCGGCUGACAGCCCCCCCCAACCCCCCGCCAUGGUCAGAGAUGGGACCUGCACCUGAGGGGGCGGCAUGGCAUUGGGGGUACGCUGUCACUGUCAGUGUGACUCUCUCAAACCGCAUACGGUGUUCCCGUACCAACAUUGACAAUCAGUCAACAGCACUUACUCUAACUACAGCAUUCUGGGUCCAUCCUCAUGAUGGUUUUGCCCCAGAAAGCAGCACUCAGAUAACACCUUACAGAAGCACUGUAAUUGUCGUAGGAGUUUUAGUCAUCAAGGAAAGACAAAAGGUUCUCAGCUUUAACAGAAACAAGCAAAUCAGAGUUAUACACUUUUGUUUUUGUUUUUUUUUGCAGUUCUGCUGCUGUUACAUUUGUAACGUCUUGACACUCAGAGAUAACCAUACAUAGAUAGACCAUAUGCUUGUAUUUAACACAUUCUCGUGAAGUGGGAAGGAUUUAAAUUCUCUUCCCGCUUGUACAGUAUCACGUACCUUAAUGACAGCUCCCCUCUCUGACCGCGGCCCGGCCCAGGCUGCUGUCAUGGUCAGCUUUGUCGUGGCUUGUUUCCCUCUGGCCACGCCCCUAAUGUACGACCACACCCCCAAUGUCUGGCCACGCCCCCUGGUUGCUGCCCAUCACUGUAGGCAGCUUCUGCUGGAUCUUUACUUGGCAUCGUGUCUCUCAGCAUGCUUGCUCGCCCUGUCUCCUUGCCUCUGCCAAUCCCAGAGGUCUGACCCUGUCGCUUAUUCUUUCAAUUAACCAAUUGCCUGUGUACUGUUAUUAACCUGUUUUCUAUCUUCUGUUUCGUGCCUGUGGUUUAUUAUUAUUAUUGUUGUUAUUAUUAUUAUCACUGACUGUUGCUUUCUUAACAUUGUCUCUUGUGCAUGACCUUUAAUGUUUCUGCACCUUGAUCUCUGCUCUUUAACCACACCACUUUCAGGGUCAAAGGGUUUUUCUUUGUCCUGAUGUCAUUCACACAAGUUAUAUGUGCGUUUGUGUCAUCUUUAUAUAUGAUUAUCUAUUGUACAUUUGAAGAUGAUUUACUCGUACUGACAAUAAUUAUGAACAGUGAUACCUUCAAAUGCUUGGUUAUUUCAUCCUUUUUCUUUAUUUUUUCUUUUCUUUUUUGAAGGGGGGCUGUGGGGUUUUUCCACUAGUCAUCUUGGGGACAGAAAAGCCAGACUGAAUAUUGCAGGGUUAGUUAGUGUUGUUUAUUUGAUAGAUUACAAUUCUGUGGUGUUUAACAUGAAUUGAUGUUUUUAUUUAAUGUGUAGGAAAAUGGUGCUUUUUUGCAUUUGUGUGACAGUAUAUUACUGUUGUUUCACAAUGAUGUAGCAUCCAUUUUCCCACUGUAUAUGGCACAAUAAUUUGAACAGUUAUAUAAUUAUUGUGCUUGGACUCUCCUUGGGUGAUAGAGCUACUCUUUGUUUUGGCCGUGCGUCUCACACCAGGUAAGGACCUGGAUCUCAGAGUGUUGAUGCGUGUUCCACAUUGUGGUCGUCUCAAUAAUGAAAUGUCCUGACGUGUCUUUUGAAAACGACAUUCUUCAUAUUAACUGCUGUUGAUCAUAGCUACAGCACCUUAACUGACCCAAGUGAGUAUGUCUUAAAUAGUUUAUCACGUAGAGUUGCUACACCAGGCAAAGUUACUCUGUUUAAUCAACAAUGGAGAAUUCCUUUUUUCACUUAUUGAGCUUUGUAGAUAUUCAUUAGGAUAUAAAAUACAUAAACCCUGAAAGCAAGACUGAACUUUCUUGACAAAGACAUUUAAUCAGUAAUGUGUUCCUGCCUGAGAGUAAACCCACACACCGGCAGAUAGCUAUCCUUUGGAGCGACACUAUAGACGCAGAGAAGGGCCCAGGCCGCCUCCUUACCCGACAGCUGCUGCUUCUAUUGUUGUUGUUUUUUAUUUAAAACAAAAAGCUGAGAAUGCUCAAAGGCCGGCGAGCACUUUUCUCCGCACUUCACGAAACAGGCCGAUUACUUUGUGACGCAGCUCCUAUGUCCGUACCGUGUACAGGAGAAGAGGCUUAUCGAAAUCAGAAAAUAUAUACAUAUAUAAAUAAUGUUUAGACCCAUUGAGAAGAAACGAAUAUAUAUUUUUUAAAAUCUGCUACUGUAAAUUGUUUUGAUAUUUUUUUGUUGUUGUUUUGCUAGUUUUUUUUUUUUUUUUUGGAGAAAGUCAGCCAAACGUUUCCAUGCGUUUUUGCUCUUUAACUGUGUUACAUUUUAUGCGCUUGUGUCCUGAGCAUUGAAUAUACUGCAUUGUAUUAACUGUGCCAAUAAAAAGAAUAUUGGGGAAAAAA